UUGGACAGGAAGAGAUUGUUUUAAGCGAGGUGAAAGUCGCCUGUGACGGUAUUCCAGAUGUUCUAUGCACUACUCUAUUAAAUCCGAGAGAAAAGCAGCGCUGCACCGCCGUCUUCUUGGUCACAUCAUGAUUGUCUCUGAGCAGCUGUUCCUGCACUACUUACACAAAAUGGAUUGGAGUAAAUCGCAUUCUCUCUUCUCAGACGAAGCCAAUCUCACACGAUGCAAAGCACAGCUGUUGCUUGAUUGCUCGAAAUUCUUUAAUGUUUUUUCAGCCCAGCAUCACCUAAUUGCUGAGAUAAAGGAUUUGGAAGGCAAUGAACACGAUGAGGUGACUAUGGAGCAAACUGCCCAGUUUUCUCAGCACUCAGACAAAAAGAGGCUCCCAUAUAAAAUCGCUAAACCACCUUUAACCAUGGAAUAUUUUAUAAGAUUGGGCAGACCAGAGACUGCUGUUCAAAAAGUCCAAAGAGAAACAGAUCUGAUGCAAAUUAAAAAUAUACAGGGACUGGAUUUAGAGAAGGUAUAUAAAUUGUAUCCCAAAUCCAAGGACUACAGCACAUUCAAAAAGAAUAUACACUGUGAAGCUGUGACAACCCCGUGUUCAUUCAGACAUGAGGAAGACCAGAAAACAGAUGAAGAAAAUGGUUAUGCCAAGUGCACAUUGAUUAAGAAAAGUGUGUCUUGCCCCAAUCUGAGGAUUGGCGAUCUGCUGGCUGAUGAAUUGAGGAUAAUAUUUAAAAAAUAUCCAUCCGAGUGCCCAGACAUUCUAACUAUAUCACAGACAGAAGUAGAAGGAAAUCCUGUAUCAUAUGAUCUCAGAAGGUUAAUAGGAGAUGCCAAAUUGCAAAGCUCAAAUUGUGUAGAGAGACAGCAUUCUGAUGAGGAGAUUCCUCCAUUAAUAAGUGCCAUAGGUCCUGGAUACAAGAAUCCAGCUAAACGUCAGAAAAUGGAAGCUUUGUUACAGAGUUUAAAUAAGAAAUCAGAACAGCCUAAAGAAAUAGAAAAGACAAAGACAAGUUCCCAUCCACAGACCUUCACUGUUGAUGUCCAGGUCCCCAACAGACCAUUAGUAAGGAGAGCUGAUAUCCAGGCCUCUGACAGAGUAUUUACACACCUAACUGAAAUUCAGAAAUACCCACCAAUAUACAAUGACUUUGCAUCAGAGAUUGAAUCAGCUACUGUGAAGAAGCUGGAUAGAAACUUGUAUGUCGGGCAGGAGCUAGAGGAAGUAUAUACCGAACUUGUUAAGAACCUUUCCACAAACCACCUGAGGUUUGAUCAGGAUUUGGAAUUUGAGCCCUAUGCAACAAAAAUGGAUCUCUCUGUGUGUACAGCUUCAUCGACAUUAACCAAAAAAACUAACCAGCGAGUGAUCAACAGAGAUCUAGAUUCCUUGGCUGCCAAUAAUGAGUGUGAAAGUGUCAUGCAACACAUACCUACUGAUAAAGAAGCUUCUAGAGUUUUUAACUCCUGGCUUGUUUGGUGGAAGUCGGUUGUCAACACUGAUGAUUACAUGAAAUAUGUAUCUACACAGGACCUGGAUUACCUAAAGGUGAUUUACCAUUUAUACAACAGUGAUUCUGAAGAUGAAGAGCAGGCACGUGUUGCUUUAAUUAAGAAGCAAGAAGAGAGAAAAAGAGGCAACGGGAGAAAAAGAUUGCAGAUCUCAGAGCAGAAAAGCAAAGUUACAAACCUGGCAUGUGGAAUGUCAACAGCGUAAUGCUUGGGGGUCUUGGGUCAGACCCACCUGUACUGGAUGCUGAUUUGGAACUAAAAGAAUCAGUGAACACUUCAUGUCAGGUAGACAUAUCUUCCAGCCAUGUAGAUCUUCAGAAGAAGAUAAAUGCUAUAUGGAAUGCUCUUCACAUACCAGAAGGCCAGCGGCUGGAUUAUGGCUAUUAAAUAUAGUUCCAAUGAGUACAGAGACCAGCUGCCAAAGGCAAUACGGAUGUGGGAAAAAGCAGUAUUACUCAUCCAGAAAAGAGAGAAAAUGUUAGCUGAGCUGGAGAUGUUUGAGAGAGAGGCCUCUGAUCCCAAUAGAUUCUUUCACAAAGGUUACAAUGGUACAUCAGUUGCACGUAUGGAAGAGUCUAAGCAAAGAAAAAAGCUAUACAAACAAAUGUCAGACACUGAGCGUGCUAUAGCUAAAAUAUUACAAUUUAUAAAUAGGACAUUUAAUGACAUAGUCAGUUACAAGGGCAGACCGUAUGCUGAAAAAAUGAAGUGGGACAAAACAGAGAUGCUUUACUGGCUGCAGCAAGAUCGUCGCAAAUCUUUAAUGGAAAUGGAUACUAAAAAAGAAAAUAUGUUUGUACAGCUCGAUCCUCUAAAUUAA